CUGAAGUUCGUUAGUUCGAACAUCUUUUAUUAACUGAACUUCCAACUAGAAUGGCAGAAACAGUUUGUGCAAAGUUUGUUUCAAAAAAGAUCCGUAAAGUGCGAUGGCAACACCCUGCUGCUUUCGGUCGCCCAAAUCCAGAAUACUUUGUCACCGGUAGCUGGGAUGACGAGCAAAAUGAGGUAUCUUUUUGGAAUGUCAUUCAACCAAAUGAGCAGAAUAUUGAUCCUGUAUUGGUGUCUACGGUUCCUGUCUCUGGGGAUGUGAAUGAUAUAGCUUUCUAUGACACAUCCACCUUCUUUGUUGCCUUGGGCAAUGGUUCUAUUGCAAUGAUGAAGAUAGACCAAAAAUUAACAAUGAUUAGUCAAUGGAAAGACAUUCAUCAUUUCAAAAGUAUGAAAGCUCCUGCUACUGGUGUUCUUUGCCAAUCCCCUGAGAUAGCAUCUAUUGGAGAGGAUGGUAAACUAAAUUUGAUGCGAAUGAACCAAGAGAAGCCCUAUAAAACUCUUGAUGCUGAUAGCUGCAGCUUAAACGCAGCCGUUUUCACCUCUCAAAACGAAAUUUUCACGGGAAAUUCAAGAGGUAUGAUCAAACUGUGGGAUUUGCGAUCAGUAUCGGAGAAGCCAAUAUUAUCAACUUCACUUUCCGAAGAUUCAGAGGUGGGUGUAACAAGUAUGGACAAACAUCCGUUUCAAGGACACAUAGUUGCCGUAGGUGGCUAUGAUGGAAUGCUCACUAUAUAUGAUAUGCGCAAGGCCCAGACUCCAGUGACCGUUAUGGAAGCUUCGGACAAUUGCCUGAACGAUUUGCGCUUUCACCCAGAACGAGCAGAUCAUCUAUUUACCGCUAGUGAAUCAGGAGCCGUGUGGCAUUGGGUUCCAUUAUCUGGGAAAAAUCCUGCUACAAGUGGCUCAUCUAGUAACCUUUGGCUGAGUGGAGAUUUGGCUACUCAACAACUUAACAUAAAAGAAAUUCUCCCCACUCUACCCCUAGCAGUAAACAGUGUGGACUUAGACAAAAUGGACGAUAAGAAAUUAAAUCCGUCCAUCCUGCAUCUUUUCGGUGAAAUCACUCAGAUGUACCUGGAAGUUCGCAACAAUUCUGCAGCCCAAUUCUCGGAGAUGGAUUGUUCCACGCUUUUACUGAAAGCCGAGUCUACCCUGCAUUAUGUGUGGGAGAAAUUACAUACUGGCCAAUGGAAGGAUGUUGAUCCAGAGUGGAGAAAAUUGUAUUCAUAUGUUUCACUUUUCAAAGCACUUCUCUGUCUAGAACUUAGUAAAGAUGAAGACGAAGGUCUAGUUAAUGCAAUUGCUGCAUGUGAUAUGGGUCUCAUCAUGGGAGAGCCAAUACUAGAUGGUUUGUUGAGCAAUAUAGCAGACAGCCUUAAUGAAAAGUUAUGGAAGUUGUCAGAGACCAAAAAAGCCAUUCAAGAGAACCAAAAGGAACAAGAAGACAGCAAUGGAUGCUACCCUAAAAUAAACAAAAACAAUUUCGUAGAGACUGUCCACACACCUAGCAUAGAAACAUUUUUGCUAGACAUCAUGGACAAAAAGCCUGUAGUAAUCACAGGUGCAAUGGACUUCUGGCCAGCAAUGUCUGAAUCUCGGUGGAGCAUUAAUUACUUUAGGAAAGUCGCUGGCUAUCGAACUGUGCCUAUUGAAAUUGGUUCAAAGUAUACCGACGAUGCCUGGUCCCAAUCUCUUACAACCGUGAACGAGUUCAUUGACAAUUAUAUUUUUACUUCAAGCGCCACAGCAGGAUAUUUAGCGCAAUAUCAACUUUUCCAGCAAAUUCCACAAUUAAAAAAAGAUAUUCUUGUUCCAGAUUAUUGCUACUUAGGUACUUGUGACGAUAUCCAAGUGAAUGCAUGGUUUGGUCCUCGCGGAACAAUCUCGCCCCUCCACUAUGAUCCUGACCACAACUUCCUUAGUCAAGUUGUUGGUUCGAAAUAUAUUCGCCUAUACAGUCAAGAAGUGACCGCGUCUCUUUACCCACACCAGCAGCAUCUACUUUUCAAUACCAGUCAAGUGGACGUUGAGCAUCCAGAUUUAGAAAAUUUUCCUCUUUUCCCCUCUGCUCCCUAUCUUGAGACAAUUUUGGAGUCUGGAAGCAUGCUGUAUUUACCUCCUCGUAUGUGGCAUUAUGUUCGAUCUUUGAGUACGAGUUUCUCUGUUAGUUUUUGGUGGAAAUAAAGAUACGGAAGCUG